CCCAACCUCAACAUCCGUCCGAGUCAUGGGGUAACGAACAAUGGGUCAAUCGCAGUCAUCAGAGCCAACGACGGAGGUCCCGAUCGAGCAAUUAAGCCACCAGCUAGCUCUUCGUUUUGCCUCGAAAUGCUUCUCUUCCCUGGAGAUUGUCCAUUACAAGGACAACUUCAAGAGUCUAGCCGAUCACCAAGAAGACCUAGAGUACUGGAAAGAGGAUACACUAUGCCGAUUCCUUGCCUUACCAGAACCUCUCCAUGCUGGACCCGUGGUCUACCAAAUGUGCACCUACCUCGGAGCAUUCCCCUUCCCCAGGCUGGCACCGUGCAUAUUGACUAGAGAGAAUAUGCUCAAAGUCAUCACGAUAAUGACGGGUAGGUACAAGAAAGUCCUGAGACGAGGCGACCAGGACAAGGCGAAGUUGCUGUUCCGAAGUCUAGCAGUAUUCGACCGGAAGGCAAGUGUGGCCCUUUCGAGCAAGGACAAACCGUCCAUGGACGACGUGAUCCGAGAACAGUUACCAGAGGAUAUGCUGGAGCAGAGACAAGCAGCAGAGGGCUCGAGGUCUCAUCCCUCGGGAUUUGCCAUCGACGAACCACUCAACGAUGACGAGGAUGAGGACGACGAUGACCUCGCUCUCGCCGCUCUGGACUCCCUCGACGCCAUCGAAGUAUUCAAGCAUGACCAGAAGACGGACCGCAAGAUUCACCACGCAAUGAUCCCGGUCGAGAACUUCAAGAAACUGGUCAUGCUGCUUCUACUCAUCGGCGGCAUCGAGCCAUUGACUCCCUUAGGCAGUUACGGAGAGUCUCUGGACGAAGAAAGGCUGCAAGCUCUAAGCACAUCUGCGGAUUCAAUCAUCGCCGCAUUCGACCCUGACCCACAGAGUAAAGGCAUUCGAUACUCAAAUUUCGUCAAGACCCUGACAACGACACUCCCGGAGCUUUUCGACCCCUUUAACAACCUCUUUGAACAUUUCCUCUUCAGCAAGAACAUCAACCUGAACAAACACCGCGACGUGCCGGAUUCGGUCCUCGUUCAAGAUGCCAAACAAUCAAUAAUACACCGUCUCCCCGAAGAAGACGUGCCAAUCUUCAGCGACACGCUCCUCUCCCAACUCUCCAUGACCUUGAAACUGUUCAACCCCUCCGGCACUCUCAUGAACAUCUUCUCCUCAGGAGCACGAUUCAAUCGCAUCUACUCCUCCUCCAGCGACGGCACGUCCCUUUCCUCUUUCUCACGCCAAGUCACGUCCUGGCAAUCCGGCACAUUGCUCCUCGUGGCCGGAACCACCGUCGAGGACGCCAACCAGUCCAUCACCCUGGGUGCUUACCUCCCUGAACGCUGGCACGACUCGACAUCAUCGAAUUCAAACUCAACCAGACCUUCAUCUCACGACCAGUCGGACCCGAGACCGUCCCUUCUCCAACUACACCCCCGCCAGGCCCUGUUCCCAGGGAACCCGUACAACCGCACACUGCCCUGGUUCCACUUCUCCACAAAGUCAGGGAUAGCACUAGGGUGCGUUAUCCCCCAGCAGUCUCGCGCAUCUACGGCGCACCUGCCUCCCAUCCUCGGUCCAGUCAGCCUGUUGAUAGACAGCGACGUGUCGACCGCGACGUUCCAGCACGACGGAUCGGCCGGGAGCGGCGCGUUCGUCACCGACCCGGGCCUCGAGACGGCCCAGACCCAUCACCCGGACACGUCACAGGCGAAGAAGGUCCAAUUCGACAUCGACGCCCUCGAAGUCUGGGGAAUUAGUUUCCCCGCCGGCACAGGGGAGGAUGAAGUCACGAAACAGAAGAACCGGCUUGCGUGGGAAGAGGCCGAGGCCGCACGGCGGCGAGGUGUGAAUUUCGGAGGCGACAAGGACGGUGCGAGAGCCUUGCUGGAGAUGGCUGGGCUGGUUGGCGAUCAGUCUGGUCCGAGAAGUGGUGGGUCAGUGUAGUGCACCUAGAGUGCUGAAGUCAGCGCAUCAAAUGAGCGAAUUGUCACGGCGCAAACGGUGGGUGGAAACGUGAAUGCGCUCCACCUGAAAAAAGGCCACAGAAGCUCAAAGUAAAUCUGUAAAAACGAAUAUUGGUCUAAGCAUUAAAGUGUGAUAGUAACAAGACAAUGGGGUGGCCGGAUCGAUUCUUGCAACGCCAGUCUCUG